CAUGAUUCGGGGGAUCUGAAUAAAGAAGUGAACAAGAUCAUCCUGUUCUUGCGAUGGAUAAAAUACCAUCUGAUUGCCCUUAUCCUGGAUGUUUCUUCUGCGUCAUGAAGGAGGCAAACCCUAGCAAGCGGAGAGCAAGCGUGCUGAAAUUCUUUAGAGAGCUUCCUUCCCAAGAUGACGAUGGCCAGGUUCUCCCUAUCAGCGGCCUGUGGAACACUGCAAUGGCGCACCCAAAUGACCCUGAAUUCAUCAACCUGGGAAUAUUCGAGUGCAUGGCAGCUCUAAUAUGGAAGGGCCUGAAAAACAGGCGCUGGCUCUCGCAUGAUCAGAAUAUUUACAUCCCGUAUUACGCGGCGCAUGUUAUUGGAUCCUACACGAUGAACAUGGAGGAGUUUGCAGAGCGUGCUGUUCGUGCCGGAGUGAUACCUCCGCUAGUUGAACUCUUAAGAGGCAGGCUGACUUGGGUGGAGCAAAGAGUUGCCGUUCGAGCUUUGGGGCAUUUGGCUACCUACCCUAGCACUUUCCCUGCAGUUGCUGAUCAUGGAGAAGUACUUGAACUUGCCAUUCAACUUGCCUCAAGCUCUCUAGAAAUUGUGUACUCUCACUUUUACCAGUUCGUAGAUCGGAGACUUGGCUACCACUGUGAUCUUCUUACACGUGGCAUGGGUGGCGCAGAAAUGGAAUCUCGUAAAGCUGAGGAAUGGGCUAGCCAACUGCAGUGCUGGUCUUUGCAGCUCAUAAACUGCUUUGCAUUUAAACCUGAGUUUCUCCAUGAUAUCUGCAAGCCUGAGUUUCUAGCUAAGUUACCCGGUAUGUGGGGUGGACUCGUGAAUGAGAACUCGCCUGCUGGUGUUGGUUUGCUAAGAACAAUCUGCCAGAGCAAGCUUGGCCGAGGUCAUGUUGCUAGUAUUUCUAGUGUCCUUGAAGCUUUAUGCAACAUUGCUCGUUCUUCAGAUGACUGGCAAUACAUGGCCGUUGAUUGUCUACUGUGGUUAAUGCAGGAUCCUAGUACAUAUCAUAAGGUUAUAGAUAAAAUCGCCCCAACAUUGAUAGAUUUAGCAGAUAUUUCCACACUCGGUGACUACAAGAAGCUGGGGGACACUAUAGUCACAGUCCUCCAAGAAUGUAUGCAACAAAAUGGGAGUUCACGGAAUUCAAUUAGUAGUCACACCAAAGAAGAAAUUGAUGAACUCUUGAGUUUCAAGCAGAAAAUGAAAUCAGAAAAGAGUAUGCCAAAGGAGGAUCUUCAUAUUAAACAAGCUGCAGCGUUGGUUGUAAAAUUGGAAGGAAAUUCUCUGUUCUCUUCAGGAAAUAUUGAAGGAGCUGCAGCCAAGUACUCUGAAGCACUCGCAUUGUGUCCAAUGAAAUCUAAGAAAGAAAGAGUGGUGCUUCAUAGCAACCGAGCUCAGUGCUAUCUUCUCCUGCAGCAACCUUUGGCUGCCAUCAGUGAUGCUACCCGUGCAUUGUGUCUUCAUAGUCCUUUGAAUCGACAUGCCAAAAGUUUGUGGAGAAGAGCUCAAGCAUAUGAUAUGCUCGGUUUAGCAAAAGAGAGCCUGCUGGAUGCAAUCCUCUUUAUAAAUGAAUGCUCUCAGUCCAGUGAUCCUGAUCUGUCCUUGAGGCAAAACAAGGUUCCUGAUUAUGCCGAGCGAUUGGUAAAGAAGCAGAUGCGUGCAGCUUGGUUAUUCAGGGAGUCAUCGCUAAAACAUGGGGGAAUCCAUUGUGAGGGGGAUGCUAGUGAUGCUUUUGGCCAAGAGGCUGAUGACUCAGAGUGGGAGACGGUGAGUGAAAGCGAUGGUGAAAAUGAUGAACGGAGAGAAGCAGAUGAUGAAACUGAAUGGAAGAGUGGUGGUCACCGGGAAGACGCAUAUGAGAAAAGCUGAGAAACAGGUUUUGGUGCUGUUAAUUGUUAUCUGGUAAGCUUGCUCUCAUUGUGCUUGUCGUCAGAAACAGCAGCAACAGAUUCAGUCGCUGGCCUGCUGCGCUACCAAAGCAAAUUGUGGAAACUAGUUGAGUCUGCUUACUGAAGCUUGCAAGAAAAUGUAGCUUUUGAAAGUAAACUCUAGUGUCAUCAUAUUGUACCCAUGGAGAGCAAGGAUAAAAUUUAUCCAUUGCCGUCACCAUGUCUUUUGGUCUGUCUGAGUUGCCGUGACUCUUGAGAAUGUCUGUCUUGCUCUUGUUCGGUGUUGUAAAAUGAACAAAACAGUACCUUAGUUCUAUCUGGAACAUUAUCCAUUUGUGAAUGAACUUUACCUUUAAGCUC